AAUAUGAAGGCAGUUCAUAACAAAUUCUGAUUUACUCACCGACAUGGAGCUUGUUUAUAGCAUCGAUGUGUUUCAAAAGCCAUAUGAAAAAGAUUGGGUUUCUGAAGAACGCAACUGUCUAAAUCUCUCAUGCAGAAACAUUUUAGCUUUGUUGAAACAGUCUGAAAUUCCUGACAGCUCUCAUUUUGACCGCCAGUAUGAGGUUGUUGUGUUGGAUAUUGAUAAGCCGUGGGAACCACAUUGUGUGACAUCAGUUUCCAAGCAACUGUUACAUAUUGUAUGGGAUACGACAGGAAGUAAAUUAUUGCUUAUAGAUGUAGAUGGAGAAUGUCAAGUGUGGGCGAUGAAGGAUCAUCUGUUGAAUGAAUGGCAUUGUAUAGGAUCAGUGAACAAUGCUGGUGAGGAAGUGCUCGCAGUGAUGUGGUUCCAUAAUGGCUUACAGAUCAUAUUUGACCCAGAUAAGCGAGAUAAAACACAGUACAUUGAGAAGUUUGUACGUAACAUGAGAUUUACACCAUCACUGACACAGUUUGGAGGAUGUUUUCUCGAGGGAUGGGUAGUUGUCUCAUCAUCAGGUUUAGUGACUGUUGGUGUACAUCAGUCUGACGGAAGUAUCGUAACGUCAUCUGAAAGUUUGUCUCGCAACCACAUGCGUCUUACAGCUGCCGAUAUAGCUAACACAGGAAAUGGUGAUAUCAUGGUUGCUACAAGCGACGGUCAACUUUCCUCGGCUAUCCAGUGUUUCCUGGUGUCGGUGAAACUGUCCGGAAGAAAUAUAGCUAUAUCUUGUGUGAACAGUGCUAGCUUGUAUACUAAAACACAAACAGAGUAUGGUAGCAGUGAAAAUAAUACAAGGAUCACUAAGGUGAUGUUUAUGAACAAUGAGAGUAGUGAUACUUUGUUAAUUUGCUGUGGUAGCUCGUCUUACAGCAGUCUGGAGGUGUGGCAACUGCUGGAACAGAUGCUUCCUCAACAUAAAAUGUUCUCCUUAAAUACUGCACCAUACAGUUCCAUCAAAACUCACAAGUGGAUGCAUAAAGCUACAAUACCCCACCCAUCUCAAAUAACCAGUAUUGCCGGGCCGAAGUUACCGAUGAGCCGCAACGUUGUGGAAACGUCCGGAUUUCUUCCAUACAUUGCUAUGACGUAUAAAGAUGGUACGCUACAACUGAUUCACAGAUACACGUUCCAGCCAAUCUCGACGUCAAAUUUAGACAGUAUUUGUCAACCGGCUCAGUCAUUUUCCCCGCAACAUAGUAACAAAAAGAUACACAUGACACACCAGUUAUCAGCGUUGACACAAACUGGAAGUGGGUGUGGUAUAUUUGGACUGCAUGAUGGACGCGUUUAUUUGUUCAGCACGUAUAAUGGAAGUAGGGACAGUACAAUGCAGUUGUCACCAUCAAGUAUUGUGCUCUUAUUGGAGUAUGCCAUGGUUACUGGACAGGAUUGGUGGGAUGUCUUCCUAGCUGUCAGACAAGGUAUGAUAAUGAGUAUAUGUCAGACAUUGACAGAUAAUUUUGGGAAGCAGGUACAUACAAUGCAGGACUACGUGUUUAUCAGAUUACUCAGUAUGAAGAUGGGACUAUACAGCUGUUACAGCGCUGGGCAUCAAAAAGCUGUAGAUUACCAUACACAGUUGGUGUUGUAUUCCAUUGGAAAUUAUAUUAAAUCCAUAUUGAAACCACGCAACAUUACAUCACAAGAUAAAGGACCAGCAGAGAAAGUUGGGAUAUUGUGUAGUAAACAUAAUGAUGGUGAUAUAGACAUGGUAUUGAGAAGUCUGGACAGUGAAGAAUUUCAUGUUGAUGUCAAGAAGAAAGACAAGGCUGAUGUGACCCUGCUAAGUAUGCAGCCAUUAAUCCAAUGGGUCUCAGACUUCAGUCUACAGUUGCUUAGUGCAGCACCGAUGUUCCAGUCUUUCUCAAGCUUCACUGGAUCAUCUCUCCUCACAGACUCCACGGUUCUCCAUCAGCUCCGAGAGCUUCUUGUCAUCUUCAAAAUGUGGGGCCAGAUUUACCCGACUUGUCUCCCAUCCUUUACAACAACAUCAAUAAAUCUAGAUAUAUUAAAACAUUUGUAUAAACUGUUAACUCGGGCGUGGAAUUGUUGUAAAGAAGGUAGGAGUAUAGAGUUUGAUGAUACGUUAUUAGAUGAAUGCAGUGUGCUACCUAGCAAGGUCUUUAUUCCCGGUCUGUCUCAGAGUUUUCGCAUGGACAAUAUGGGCUUUACGGUUUUCACACAGACGUUACCGUUGGAGUUUCAAUUUAAUGAGGAACCGGAUUAUUUGUAUCAGAAAAAGAUAACAAAAACGCACAAAAGUAUUGUAGAUCAAACUUCGCACACUGAUCAGCAUCAUGAUAUCGUCCGACAAAUUCAUCUGGGUACGAAAGUUUCCGGGGAGACGAGGAAAUGUACGAGAUGUGGCUGUUUGUCUCUGUUAAAAACUGUCGGUAAAUCACAGACAAUGAUAUCAUGGGAACAGAGAUGGACCAGAAAUUGUCUGUGUAUGGGACAUUGGAAAUUGGUUGCCCAGUGAAUCAUCAAUGUGACUUGUUUAGGAUUGAUGAUAUACAUAAAAGUACCGGAAUGUGUUCUGUAUUUCUAUCGUAAAUAUAUUGUGAAACAAA